AUGCCGCCGCGCUCGCGCAUUCCGCGCGCGGCCAGCUUCAAGGACCUUCCCAAGAACAAGACAGACCGUACCGAAAAUCAAGAAAUCCCCGAAAACAGCAACCACGACAACCACGACAGCGCCAACCGCCAGACCAACACCCCGAACCACACCCGUCAACUCCGUCGCGGCCUCAACCGCCCCUCGCCUCCCGCCGCCUCUUCUGCUCGGACGCGCACUGUGCGGGAGCUCAGCAACACCCCGUCUCCGGAUGAUGGGGUGAACAACUCGCCCGCGAGCCAGAUCUUUGCUCUCACCCGCAUCCCUGGCCCUAGUGCGCGCCCUACCAACGCAAACGCAAAUCACAGCUCUCCCCUUGCCGUCAUUGACGAGAGCGAUGUCGACCCCGAUGUCACUCAUGGUCGGGCGGCCGCGCCCAACGGCACUGCCACGAGCCUCGCCCGCCGUGGUGCACCCACUGCCAACUCUGCGCCCAGCGCACCCUCGAGCCGUGGUCCUGCAGCUACUCGACCCUUGGCAACUCGCGGCCGUGCUCGUGCAGGAACGCUGAGCGUCACUGCCAGCGAAGUCCGCAAGAGCCUGCUGGCUGCCGACCGCACGCCGGCGUUCCUCAGGCUUCAACGGUCGCCCAUGCCGGCCAGCCCCGACUCGGACGGCGCGGACGCGGAUAUUAGUAAUGUCAUGAGCGUCGACUCCCCCACGGCACCGCAGCAGCCGUCACCGUCUUCGAGCAGUUCGGAGAGCAGCCCUCCCGACAGUCCCACUCCUGCGUCUAGGAGCCGUGGCGGCAACCUCUGGACCGCUCACGAUGGUUCUGCCGAUGAUGAGGCCAUCGAGGACGGUGACCGCCACCAGGAGACCAACAUGUCCGAGUCUGCCAACGACGCGGACAACGACACGUCCAACUGGGACCUCAAGAACGGCAACGAUACCUUUGCAGUGGAGAGUGACCACAGCCACGAGCUCAGUGAUGCGUCCAGCGAUCACCUGAUCCCGCCGCGCCCCAAUGCACCCACCCCUCGCUCGGCUUGCGGUACCACUCGCGACCGCCGUCCCAGGCUAGUUCCGAUGAGUGUGGCGGACAUGUUCGACGCGGCGGGAGAGACUACGGCAGCCGUUUCCGUUUCCGGUUCAGCAUCGACGGCUACUGCGAGCUCGACUCCCGACAAGAACCCCUCGUCUUCGCCCGUGACCAGUCCUGAACAGUCUACGAGCGGAGCCAGCGGCCACGCUACUGGGACUUCUUCCUCCGGCCCCGAUAUCGAGGCUGACCAGGCCACCGACGCCGAGGAGAUCCUCAACCGCAUGAUCGCCGAGCUCGACCAGCCCCCGCCUCGCAACCGCUCGAGGUCCCAGUCCACCUGCGUUGUUCCGUUCCGCCCGCAGCCGUCAGCAUUCGAAGCUAUGCGCUAUGCCAUCACGCCGCUCCCGCCCACGCCUGACGAGAUUCACGAGCUCGAGGCCAGGGAACGGGAUAUACGCCAAGCCCAGGUCCACGAUGACGAUGUGGUGUACGAGAGUGGGUCUGAAAAGGAAAACUCCCCGCCGCUGGUACGUGCUCGAGAGCACCGGCCUGCUCCUUCCAUCCACCCGCUGGGUUCUCUCAGCCACCGCAGUUCUCAUACGCAUCUCAACGACAUGCGUGCUCGUCUGGCCUCAAGCACCGCGUCGACCUCCACCACUCCAGCAUCUCCGACGGCUACAGCCGCUGCCAACCGUCCUCCGGCUCUGGUGGAACCGUACAUCCCCAAGCGCCUGGAUCACCGCCAGAUGUUUGAUGAGCUGGACCCGACCCCUCCGAAGUCCAUCUAUGACUAUGACAAUGGCAACACCAAGGAACUGGCGCGUCGCGCGUCGACGUCGUCACUGUCUGGGGUUUCUGGUGCGAAGGUCAGCUCUUCUACCUCCGCUGCCAACGACGUCCCGGCUCCAGCUACACCCCAGAGCAGCCGUAAAGACAAGGGCAAGGCCAAGGCCACCGAUGAGAAGCGCGAACGCCAUGCCCCCGGUUUUGAUAUCUAUCGGGACCCGCCGCCCAAGGCCCGCAUCAAGGAGACGCUCGCAUGGGGUGAUGGCCUCUGGAGCUUUGACCGGCCCGAGAAGGUUUCCCCUGUUGAGGUCUCGGCAUACGACGUUAUCCACACUCGCACACCGGAGCCCGAGCCCGUCCCCGCCCCCGUCGUGGCCGAGGAGCCCCAGCCCUCUGUCCAGGUCCAGGACAACACGUCGCUGGAGUGGCUGCACCGCCAGAACCCCAACCUGCCGUACCGCGACCCCGCGGAGUAUGACGAUAUCUAUGAGGAUGACGACGACGAGCGUAGCAACCCCAGGUUUACGCUCUUUGCCCUCACCGGUAUCGAGAUGACCACCGCACCCCUCGCGAACAAGGACGUGGGCGUCGUUCCCCUGUUUAUCAAGUCCAAAUCGCAUGUCCGUUCCAGGUCCACCUCGUCAGUCAUCUUCCCCGCCACGGACGACGAGGAGACCAGUCUCGUACCUUCGCGCCCGACCAAGCACACGUUCCCCGAAGUUACUGUCGAAGAGGAUGACGAGGCGGCGCUCAUGCACGCCACUCUUGCCGCCGCCUCGGCCCGCACCGUGGCUGAGGACAAACGCGAGUUCCUCAAGGACUACAACGGCACGCUUGCGGGGCGCAUCGACAUGCUCGAGGAGCAGGACACGCUGCUCGACGAGACGAACGAGCUCCUCGCGCGCCUCAGGCGCAUCGGUGACCAUGGCCACUGGGAGGCGCCUCUCCAGACCCUCAUUGCAGCCAAGAAGAAGCGCGACAGGACGCGCUCGGUGCGCAACACCACUCCUCCCCCGAGCCGCGACGCUAGCGACGACGAGGGGGACAGUGAAGACGACGAAGACGAGGAGCAGCUCGCUCGUCCGCACACCCGUUUCCGCAUCAGGUCAGAGGGUACCCGCGAGGCUCGUUAUCGCGACCGCCCGGACUCGGACCGGCACAUCCGUCUCCGCCUGCGUUCCGAGACCGUCAGUACUGCCGACACGCCCAGCCUCAGCCGCUCCCUUGGUACUGGCACGAGCGUGACGUUUAGCGACAUUACGGCCAUUGACUCUCCCUUCACCUCGCCCACCCGGCCCAACAACCUCCGGACGCUGGUCAAGUCCAGGUCUAGCCGGUCCCUGGGCCGCGUCGGCGCCAACCCUCCCCUCACCCCUCUCACCCCCACCUCCAUCCUCAACCUUCCGACCGAGUGCCACCGCCACACCCUCGCGAGCGACCACCUGCCCGCGACGCCUCCCGGAAAGCGCGAGUCCAACGCCCACCAUAUCGCUCGUCUCGGCGUCCCCUUGACGCCCAGCGCGACGCCGAGCCCGGAGCGGCCUGGCAAUUUCCUUCGUCGUGGAUCAAGCCGCCGUCGUCGUUCCCCCGAAGACUCGGUGUAUGACUCGCCCUCGCCCCGUGGCACCACCGCUGGCUCCCGUACGUCGAGGGACAUGACCCCGGCUUCCACUGGCGACACCGUGCCGGCUGCGGCCAUUCUUCCGCCUGCUUCCCUCACCCGUAGCAACUCCGCCCGCACGGCCGCCGUAGCCGCUGCCGCUGCCGAGGACCAGCAGCGGUACCGCCGCUGGGGCCGGAACCGGAGCGACGAGCGUGCUGAACGCGUUCGUCUGCGCGACAGGCUGCGCCGUAUUGUCACUCCUGCUUCCCACCCGGCGCCUCCCUCCCAGACCGUAUCGCCUACCGUGGCCGCACCCGCCCUUCCUCCCAAGGAAGCUCCAGCUCCAUCGCCGUCCGAGCAAGCGCUGACGGAGCAGUCGUACUGGUGCGAUUCCGAUGAGGAGAAGCGCUAG